AUGGGCAGCCGGGCUCCCAGGAGAGCUCUGUGGCUUCUGCCCGGCAUCCUGCUGUGCUUCUCCUUCUCUCCUCCUCCAAGUAGCCAGAAUGUGACGGAGGUGCCAGGCACGCUCCUCUGUGGGCACAGGAGUUUCCAGUUCACAGUGAACCUGAGCCAGGAGGCAGAGGCUCCUCCUGUGCUAAUAGCCUGGGAUAACCAAAGCCUGCCACACAGGCUACAGAAUGACACUGGCUGUGGCACCUGGUUGACGGACGGCCCUGGCAGCACCGUGGUGUUGGAAGCUACCUACAACAGCUGCUAUGCCACUCAGUGGGGCUUCUACUACAUCAUGGUGGUCGGAGUGGAAGGGGAGGAUGUGGCUGGGCCUGCGGUGGGGACGAAGAAGAGACUGCUCAAGUGUCCUGUGGAUCUUCCAGGUACUCAGCAUGCUGACCUGUGUGACUCGGUGCCACCGAGGGACAGGCUGUCAUGUGCCCCCUCUCCCAUCUCACAAGGAGACUGUGAGGACCUUGGCUGCUGCUACAACUUGGAGGAAGGGAUGGGAUCCUGUUACUAUGGAAACACAGUGACCUCUCAUUGCACCAGAGAAGGCCACUUCUCCAUCGCUGUAUCGAGGAACGUGACCUCCCCACCUCUGCGCUUGGAGUCACUGCGCUUGGUCUUUGGGAAUGACAGUGGGUGUGAUCCUGUGAUGGUGACGCCCACCUCUGUCCUGUUCCAAUUCCCGUUUUCUUCCUGUGGGACCACAAGGCGGAUCACUGGAGACCAGGCAGUGUAUGAGAACGAGCUGGUAGCCAUGAGAGAGAUGCGAACAUGGGGCCGUGGCUCUAUAACCCGUGACAGCACCUUCAGGCUCCAAGUCCGCUGCAGCUACUCUGUGCUCAGCAACACAUCCCCAGUGAACAUGCAAGUUCUGACUCUCCCUCCACCAGUUCCUAAGCCCCAGCCUGGACCCCUGUCUCUGGAACUUCACAUUGCCAAGGAUGAAAACUACAGCUCUUACUAUGCUGCUGGUGACUACCCACUGGUGAAGAUACUGCGGGACCCCAUUUAUGUGGAGGUCUCCGUCCUCCGCAGAACAGACCCUGCCCUAGGGCUGCUGCUACAGCAGUGUUGGGCCACACCCAGCCCCAAUCCCCUCCAUCAACCACAAUGGCCCAUCCUGGUGAAGGGAUGCCCAUUUGCUGGUGAUAACUACCAAACCCAACAGAUCCCUGUACAGAAGGCCUCCAGCCGGCUGUUUCCGUCUCAUCACCAGCGCCUCAAAAUCUCCACCUUUGGCUUCAUGGACCUCACAAGAGCGGAGCAGACUCUCAGUGGACAGGUAUAUCUGCACUGCAGCGCAUCUGUCUGCCAGCUGGAUGGGACCCCUUUCUGCACAGUAACCUGUCCUGCCAGACGAAGAAAACCUGAGCUGCAUUUUGAGAACGGUACCACCAGUGUUUCUAGCAAGGGCCCCAUGAUCCUCCUCCAAGCCACUAAGGACCCAUCAGACGUAUUUCGUAAUGACUCAGGUCCUCCAAUGGGCUCUCCUGCUCUGUGGGUGGCAGGACUUUCUGGCACCAUGAUCAUCGUUGGAGGCUUAUUUAUAUCCUUCGUGGCUCUCAGGAAAUGGAGAUGA